AUGAAUCUACAGCACAAACAACAGGGAACAUGCAGUCCCAAGAUGAUGAGGUUAGCUACAGGGCUGAUGGGUAUGUGCCUUGCCGGUUACAUAGCUGUCCCGCCAAUUUAUUGGCACCUCUCCGAGACACUGACUUCCGUAGGCCACUUUUCUUGUCCCCCUUGCGACUGCGAUUGCCCUGAUCUACCCCUUUUCUCCAACUCACAAGGGUUGAACUUCAGUUUCUUUACAGAUUGCAUGAAACAUGAUCCCGAAAUGAGUGAAGAGACGGAAAAGAGUUAUGUGGAUUCGUUGUCCGACGAGUUGAAGCAGAGGGAAGCUGUAGCUCUGGAAAAUCAGUACCGCGCCGACAUGGCACUGCUGGAGGCUAAAAAAGUAACGUCACAGUAUCAGAAGGAAGCAGAAAAGUGCAAUUCCGGGAUGGAAACUUGUGAGGAGGCCAGGGAGAAGGCAGAAGCAGCUCUGGAAGUGCAAAAAGAGCUCAGUGAGAUGUGGGAGAUGCGGGCUAGGCAAAGAGGAUGGAAGGAAGCCACCAUCUGAUCAUAUCAUCUUAGGCUCAUUGUAGAGUCGUGGUGCAAAGCUUAUAGCAAUGCCCCGAUUGAGUUGGGAACUGUGAUCCUACUAAAUUUAAGUUAAUCAAAUGUCAGAGCUUCAAUUUGAUCCCCCAGAUUAUCAAAUCACAAAGCCUUCUUCAUUUGCAACACCACUUCUUUCCUUUGUUUUUCCAGGAAUGAUGGAUUGCAGAAGUUGGAUGCAGGAGUAAAGGAUUGUGUGUAUAUGGUUAUAAAACUCAUUAGCCAACAAAUUACAAGUAUAAAUUGCACCUUUGAACUUUCCAAGUUCUUUACAACCUGAAUGAGUAUAAGAAUGGUCUUUCAGAGUUGAUGGCAACUCUAGCUAUCAAA